UUUGAUUCUUUCAGACAGAAACAGGCAUCAAACACUGGCGUCUGUCAGUUAGUGCAGAUAAUGUUGAUUUGUGAGGGGCGGAAGUGACGUGAAGGGUGACAUGGUGGCCGGUCGGUGGUGGUGAAGAGCAGUCAGUGGAGCCGCGUGAGUGACGGCGUGAGCAGGGUGCUGCUGACGUGCCCGAGAGAAGACUGUAAUUUCUGCUCGAUUGAAAAUUGAAAGACAAUGUCGUCUUACAAACCAACUGUGAUUCAGAACUACCCAAAACUUGGGAACAAGGUCACAAGGGACACGCUAUACUGGAAAAAUUACAAGAGUCCUGUUCAAAUAAAAGAGUUUGGUGCCGUGACAAACAUAAAUUUUUCUCCAAUUGCUCCCUACAAUUAUGCAGUAACUGCUUCUACAAGGAUCAACAUAUAUGGUCGAUAUUCUCAAGAACCCUUAAAAACAUUCUCCAGAUUUAAGGACACAGCAUAUUGUGGUACAUACAGGGAUGAUGGAAAGCUGCUUGCUGCAGGCAGUGAGGAUGGUAUUGUUCGCCUUUUUGAUGUUGGUGGUCGAGCAGCUCUUAGACAAUACAGUGGACACACUAAAGCAGUUCAAGUCACUGCAUUCACCUCUGACAAAUAUCGUUUGAUGUCUGGAUCAGAUGAUUAUUCAGUCCGGCUUUGGGAUAUUCCGAGUUCGACAGAGCUUCACUCCUUUACAGAACACACUGAUUAUAUACGAUGCGGUUGUACCAGCAAUUUGAAUGCAGACCUGUUUGUUACAGGUUCUUAUGAUCAUACGGUGAAAAUGUUUGAUGCUCGUAUGGAUAAAAGUGUAAUAACUAUGGAACAUGGACAGCCAGUAGAGAGUGUGUUGCUUUUUCCAUCAGGUGGACUUCUAGUAUCAGCAGGUGGGCGGUAUGUUAAAGUGUGGGAUAUGUUGAAAGGAGGACAGCUGCUGGUUUCGUUACGAAACCACCACAAGACCGUCACCUGCUUAUGUCUAAAUAGCUCAGGACAGAGGCUGCUGUCAGGCUCACUUGAUAGGCAUGUGAAAAUCUACAGUACAUCCACGUACAAAGUAGUCCAUAGUCUGGAUUACGCAGCAGCUAUUUUGAGCUUGUCUUUAGCACCUGAAGAUGAAGCUAUUGUUGUUGGAAUGACUAACAGUGUCUUGAAUAUCCGUCAUCGGAAACGCAAUGAAAAUAAGCAAGGAAACAGGAAAAGGGGACCAUCUUACAGAUAUUUCGUAAAAGGAAAAGAUUACAUGCCAAAAAAGGAUGAUCUUUUGGUCAGUAAGCCAGUGAGGUUUCACCUGAAGAAGUACGACAAACUAUUGAAAAGUUUCCAAGUUUCUCUUGCACUUGAUGCUGUUUUGGAGUCAAAAGUCAGGGUAAAGACGCCAGAGGUUACCACAGGUGUAAUGCAAGAACUUAACCGGCGCGGUGUACUUCAAAAUGCACUUGCAGGAAGAGAUGAAAAACAGCUCAGCGUUCUCCUUAGCUUCCUUAUCAGGAAUGUUGUUGAUCCAAGGUUUACACCUGUUCUAAUAAAUGUUGCAGAGAUUAUUAUUGAUAUUUAUAGUUCUGUGAUUGGUGAGUCAUCACUGGUUGAUAACCAGUUCCUGAAGCUGCAAGACCUCAUAGAGAAAGAGAUUGAUUAUCAGGAAGAACUGCUUGAGGUCCUCGGAAUGAUGGAUACAAUAUUUGCAACGAUGACUACUAAAAAGAAUGCUGUUGUUUGCGGAAAUCAAAACUGUGCCUUAAUUGCUGGACCUGAGGAAGAACCAAUGGUAGUUGCCUGAAGCCAAACUUCUUCACUAACAUCAUAAACUGGAUUGGGCACACUUGCAUAUAAAUCUGUAUAAUCCCCAGAGAAGUGAAGGUGAAUACUGUAAAUAUGAAUGAAACAUUUACCCACGCAUUUGCUAAUGUGUUAUAGACAGAAACAAAUUUGGUUAUAUUUGGGAUGAUAUAGACAGUGUGCUGGAUACAUAAAAUUCUUAUUGGCUGAGUUUCUUUAGGGAAGUAAUACUGUGAUAUUGUAUAUGUUGAGUAAAUAGAGACUUCUUUUCUCAUUUCUGCCAUCAAAACCUCACCACUCUUACUAAUGGAUAUACAAAGAAAGAAAUGCAGAUUUAAAACAAGAGACAAUGGUAUUCUGCAAAAUUGAUCUUUUAAUUCAGAGACUCACAUUUUGUACCAAGGAAACUAAAUAUUUAUCAUGGUAGAAAUGUAAAGUUUUUGGUUUCGGUGUGCUUCAUUUUCACAGUACAGCAUUCUUGUCUGAUGGCCUCCCUCUGGAAGAUGGAGUGCAUUUUGUAUGUUAUUUAUACUGACUCGUCCACAGGAAGAAAUAAUAUUUUAUAAAGAGAUAGUAGGAGCUGCAGAUGCUGGAGAAUCUGAGAUAACAAGGUGUAGAGCUGGAUGAACACAGCAGGCCAACAGCAUCAGAGGAGCAGGAAAGCUGACAUAAGAAGGGCCUAGACCCUUCUUCAAAAAUUUGUUUUUUCCCUGUCUGAAACGUCAGCUUUCCUGCUCCUCUGAUGCUGCUUAGCCUGCUGUGUUCACCCAGCUGUACACCUUGUUAUCUCAGAAUAUUUUAUAAAAUCAUUUUUUAAGACCAGAGUAGGAAAUUAAUGAUUUUUGUUAUAUGGUGUAUGUUGUAUGUUUUAUCCAUCUGGUGGGUCAUUGGAAGCAUUUUUGUAUGUCAUAGUUUUGGAUCUUAAAGGUCAAGAAAAUCACAGGAUAGCCAAUGUUAAUAAGGUGUUAGGAAAACUAAUUGGCUUCACCCUCUACGAGCAAGUAAUUGGAAAAUGUAGCAUUGUUGUUACUGCUAUUUGCUAUCCACUAAUUGCAGUUGAAGUCAAUAUCUGGUGAAGCAAUUAAACAUUCCUAUUAUCUCAUUUGUUGGUGCCAACUGCCUGGGUCUACAUUUUAGAUGAGUCGCUCGGUAUAGAAAACUGUGGAACCAGUCCUCACAUUGUAAGUUCUACUUUGCAAAACAGGAUUGAAAAAAAAAACUUGGGAAGGAUGAAAAUUAAGAUUAGCUAUUGAAAAUAGCAAACUUGGUACUCAAUUAGAAAAGAAGAUGUAUAUAAUACAGUGAUAAUUUGACAAAGUUAAUCUUGCAUAUAAUUUUAUCUUGGAUUUCUUUGUUAUGGUAUAAAAAAGUUGUUCCAACAUUUUUUCACCUUCUGGAAAUGUUUUCUAUGACAAGGGGAAUUAGAAGCAAGGAUACUAAGUGUCUGAAAGUAGUCGUUACAAUCUUAGUGUUAAUUAGUUAAAUUUUAAACCCGUAAAGGUGGUUGUUCUUUAAGUAUUAAGGAAGUAAUGGUCAUUGAAAAAGUUCAGUCAUAUGUUCAGCACUUGAUAUGUGCAAUCUUUUUUUGUUCAAAUCAAACUGUCCAGUGCAGCCAUUUAGAUUUCAGUUUACUUUAUAGUAUUAAAUAAAAAUAUGUAGCACGGGCAAUUGAGUGUGUGAACCAUGGCUUUCAAGACUGAUCAAUAGAAGCUCUGAAUCAGAAAGGCUUUUUUUUAUAUGAUUUUAAUUUUCUGUGACAAUAAGUGCCAUGAUUACAUCUUUAUUUCUGACAUCUCUUUUUUUGCGCUGUAGUCAUGGUCAAGUGGUUAAGGCAAUGGAUUAGAAAUCCACUGGGGUUUCACUUUAAGGGUCGGACAGGGCUCUAGAGGAUUACAAGGUAGUCAGGAAUGAACUAAAGAAUGGGCUUGGGAGAGCUGGAAGGGGGCAUGAAAAGCCUUGGCAGGUAGGAUUAAGGAAAACCCCAAGGCAUUCUGUACUUGUGUGAGGAACAAUAGGAUGGCCAGAGCGAGGGUAGGGCCGAUCAGGGAAUGUGGAAGGAACCUAUGCAUGGAGUCGGAGGAGGUAGGGGAGGUCCUUAAUGAAUACUUUAUUUCACAAUUCACCAGUGAGAGGGUUCUUGACGUUUGUGAGGACAACAUGAAAACAGGCUGAUAUGCUCAAACAGGUUGAUGUUAGGCAGGAGGAUGUGCUAGAAAUUUUGAAAAACAUUCGGAUAGAUGUCCCCUGGGUCAGAUGGUAUAUGCCCAAGGUUGAUUACGGGAAGCGAGGGAAGACAUGGCUGUGCCUUUGGUGAUGAUCUUUGUGCUCUCGUUGUCCACUGGAGUACUACCAGAUGACUGGAGAGUGGUAAAUGUUAUUCCCUUGUUCAAUAAAUGGAAUAGGGAUAAUACUGGAAAUUACAGACCAAUCUGUAAUUUGUUCGGUGGGGAGCAUAUUAUUGGAGAGGAUUCUGAGAAAGAGUAAUUAUGAUUAUUUGGAAAAACACAGUUUAAUUAGAAAUAGUCAGCAUGGCUUUGUGAGGGGCAGGUCAUUGCCUCACAAGCCUUAUUGAAUUCUUUGAGGAUGUGACUCAACACAUUGUUGAAUGCAGAGCAGUGGAUGUGGUGUAUAUGGAUUUUAGCAAUGCAUUUGAUAAGGUUCCCCACGGUAGGUUCAUUAAAAAAGUAAGAGGGCAUGGAAUUCAGGGAAAUUUAGCUGUCUGCAUGCAAAACUGUCCGUCCAAUACAAGACAGAAGGUGAUAGUAGAUGGAAAGUAUUCAGCCCGGAGCUGGGUGAUCAGUGGUGUUCCGCAGGGAUCUGUUCUAGGACCUCUGCUCUUUGUCAUCUUUAUAAAAUGACUUGGAUGAGUAAGUGGAAGGGUGGGUUAGUAAGUUUGCCAAUGACACAAAGGUUGGUGGAGUUGUGGACAGCAUGGAGGGCUUUGUUGGUUGCAAUGGGACAUUGACAGGAUGCAAAGCUGGGCGAUGAAGUGGCAGAUGUAAUUCAACCCAGAAAAGUGUGAAGUGAUUCACUCUGGAAGGUUGAAUUUGAAUGCAGAAUACAGACUUAAUGGCAGGAAUCUUGGCAGUGUGGAGGAACAGAGGGAUCUUGAUGUCCAUGUCCUCAGAUCCCUCAAAGUUGCUACCCAAGUUGAUAGGGUUGUUAAGAAGGUUGUGUUGGCUUUCAUUGGCAGGGGAAUUGAGUAUAAGAGACGUGAGGAUAUGCUGCAGGUCUAUAAAGCUUGGAAUAUUGUGUCCAGUUCUGGCCACCUCAUUAUAGGAAGGAUGUGGAAGCUUUAUAGACAGUGCAGAGGAGAUUUACGAGGAUGCUGCCUGGACUGGAGUGCAGGCCUUAUGAGGAAAGGUUAAGGGAGCUCAGGCUUUUCUCAUUGGAGCGAAGAAGGAUGAGAGGUGACUUGAUAGAGGUGUACAUACACAAGGUGAUGAGAGAUAUAGAUAGAGUGGAUAGCCAGAGACUUUUUCCCAGGGCAGAAAUGGCUAUCAUGAGGGGCAUAAUUUUAAGGUGAUUGGAGGAAGCUAUAGGGGAGACAUAAGAGGUAGGUUCUUUACACAGAGAGUAUUGGGUGCAUGGAAUGCAUUGCCAGCGGUGGUAGUAGAGUCAGAUACAUUAGGAACAUUUAAGCGAAUCUUGGAUAGGCACAUGGAUGAUAGUAACAUGUAGAGUAUGCAGGGUAGUUUGAUCUUAGAGUAGGACAGUAGAUCGGCAUAACGUCAUGGGCCAAAGGGCCUGUACUGUGCUGUACUGCUCUAUGUUCUUUUCAACCAUUAGAUAGUGGAAAGGUGUAUGUUUUGACUUGUUUUGGUUACACGGCAUAGCAAAGGAGAAUGAGUCGGCCAUUCAGCCUGAUGAGCCCGCUGUACCAUUCAAUACGAUCAUGGCUGGUUGAACAUUCUAUUCUAAAGUGAUCAAAACUGUGCACAAUAUGUCAAGUGUAGCCGAACCAAUCUCCAAUACAAAUGAAGCAGUUCUUCACUUCCAUCCACUAAUCCUUUUGUGAUAAAGAUCAAUGUUCCAUUCGCUUUUCUAAUGACCUGCUGGACCAGUAUUUUAGCUUUCAGUGACUUAUUGACAAGGACACCCAAAUUCCUUUGUAAAUCUACACUUUCCAAACUCUCUGAAUUGAAGAAAUAGUUUGCACAUCUGUUUUUCCUACCAAAAUGAAUAAACCUUUAUUUUCUACACUAUUUUCCAUCUGUAUUCUUGUCCAAUUACUAAUCCUAUCUAAAUCCUCCUGAAAACAUUUUACAUCUUCCUCACAAAACACAUUGUUGCUUAGCUUUGUGUCUUUGUGUAAUCUGCCUGUUUGGAAAUAGUACAUUUAAUACCCAUCUACAAAUCAUUGGUAUAUGCCAUUAAACCCAAAACAGGAGUCCAAAUACUGAUCCUUAUCUCUCCCCGCUAGUCACAGUCUGCCACCAUGAAAAUGACGUAUUUAUUCCAAUUCUCUGUUUAGUGUCUGUCAGCGAAGCCAUAAUCCAUGCCAGAACAUUAUCUCCUAUUGCAUGUGCUUCAAUUUUGCUAAAUAACCUGUAUGGGACAUUAUCAAAAGCCAUCUAAAAAUCCAAAUAAUUACAUCCAGCAAUAAAGUGUGGAGCUGGAUGAACACA